UUUCAAACAAUCGAUGAUUCUCAAUUCCUAUGUAGCUACCUUAGAACAUCCGAAGUGUGCUUCUCGGGGUUCAGAAGUCAUUGCUGCCGAUUGAGACCGUACCGAUAUCUCAAAGAUUGGAUCCUCGAUUUUGCACUUUCCCGUUUCGGAGAUUCGUCCAGGUACGGGAAUUAGCUCCCCUGGGACAGCGUUGCGGUCUACCAGCGGACUUGACAGGUACCAUGGAUAUCGAAUAUGGUUUCUUCUCUGCCAUGGCUCUGUCCAAGGCGGAGUCGGCUCAGGGCGCAUGUGGCCAUCUCAAGUGUCAUCUUCACCGUCCUUUAGCACGGUGUCAGCCACGCGGCCAGAACGCCAGUGAAGCGAGAGUAGCGAUUGGCUCGUCCAACGCAUAAGUCUGUAUAUCCAGUCGAUCGUGUUGAUUCCGUCGGGCGAUGCUUCACUCCAUUGUCAAUGCCUCCCUCACGCACCGGUAGCCGCUUUCAC